GGGCUCGCUCGCCGCGUCCUCCUUCCGCACAGCCCGGGUUUCCGCUUCCCUCACAGGCGCUGAGCGAGAGGGAGUGAGGCUGUGUCUCCGUCCCACCGCUCCGCCGUAGCCGUCGCCGCCAAGGCAGCCAUGUGGCCCCCGGACCCCGAUCCCGAUCCGGACCCGGACCCCCAGGCCGACAGUGGCUCCCGACCAGGGCCCGCGCUGCCCGCGCUGCGCGCCCUGCUGCCGCCGCGCGCCUUCCUCUGCUCACGCAAAGGCCGCCUCCUGCUGGCCGAGUCGGGUCUCUCGUUCAUCACCCUCAUCUGCUAUGUUGCAUCUUCCGCAUCUGCCUUUUUCACGGCGCCUCUGCUGGAGUUCCUGCUGGCCCUCUACUUUCUGUUUGCUGAUGCCAUGCAACUGAAGGACAAGUGGCAGGGCUUGUGCUGGCCCAUGAUGGACUUCCUGCGCUGUGUCACAGCGGCCCUCAUCUACUUUGCCAUCUCCAUCACAGCUGUUGCCAAGUACUCGGACGGGGCCUCCAAGGCGGCAGGGGUGUUUGGCUUCUUUGCCACAAUCGUGUUUGCUAUUGACUUCUACCUGAUCUUCAACGAUGUGGCCAGGUUCCUCAAGCAAGGGGACUCUGUGGACGAGAGCACAGCCCACAAGGCAGAAGGUGAAGAAGAGAAUUCUGACUCAGACUCUGACUGAGACCCUCCUGACAGCACGGUGGCCGGCGGGGGCAAAGCUUCGACCACUGCAGUGAUGGGUCGUGCGGCCAGAGCAGGCCUCCCCGCCACCCAUGUUCCACGUCCUUCCCUGCGCUGAGCACCUACAACCACACCCCUCGGCUAAGCCCUGUCAGGCACUGUGCACACGGGGCGCGCGUGUGUGCGCAAGGGUGCUCCCCAUUUCCGUCCCACAGGCCCAGCCCUUUUUACAGUCUCUGCCAAACUCUGGUCCAAGGAGCCCAUGCAGAUGGC